AUGGCUCGCCGUCUUGUCCGCUCGCUUUUCCUGGCGGAGGCACUCAAUUCUUUGAGUGCUUUCGCUGCUGUUUGUAUUCCAUCGGGUCCCACUGCUUACUGCCAGGUCUCUCAGUGGAAGAAUGACCCUCUCAUCGUCAUCUUCAACGCCCACAAGGAGUAUGCCGAGGGUGUCUGUACCUCAGCCCUUCAGCCUGUCACCACCGUUUCUGGCACAAACUCUGCCUCGGCCGAGACGGUUGUCGUGACCAUCACCCAGACAGAUAAUGAAGUCGUCACAAAGACGGAGUAUUACGAUGAAGAUAUCGUGACUGUCAGCGCCGAGCCCUCUACCGUCUACGUGACAGCCUCUGAGGAAGUUAUCACCGAGACUGUUCGAAACAGCGAUAGCGUUGUUGUUGAUGCCGAGACGGUUCAGCGCACUGUCGGUACGACUACGCUUGUUGCCCCUGCCUCGAUCCGCACGAUCGAGAAGACCGAGGUCGACCACGUCGGCUCCACGCGCAUCAGGACUGUCACUAUCGAGGUAGAGACGGAGACCUCUGUCGAAUACACCGCCACCGAGUAUAUCACGACAUCUACAUCCGUCGACGUCGUCACGGAGACAUCGACCAGCGUCGAGACCAUCCUCACGACAACCACCGACUACGUUACCACUGGCACCUACGUCAAGGUCGCCCCCGGCGCUACUCUCGUUGUUACAGAGUCGCGUACCUUUGUCAUCCACUCCGUCCCGUCGACGCGCACGCACACUCAGUACACCUCCACAGACGUCGUCACUGUGCCGACUUCCACUCUUACGAUCGAGUCCACGGAUACAACUUCGACGACUGUGACGACGACGACAUUCGAGGUUUCGACAAACACUGGAACCUCCUUCAAGACUGUGUUUACAUCAACCGAGACGGACGUGUCGACGAGCACCGCCUCCACCAACGACUGGACCACCGAGUAUUUCUCUACCUACACCAACACUCGCACCGUCACUACCGUCGACUACACCGAGCACGUCUUCCCCUGGUGGCAGCAGAAGCGUUCGCUUCCUACACCCGGUCUCGAUGCCCGUGGCGAAAGCAGCCCCGAGCAAGGCUGGCUCGAUCAGUUUGGCGAGAUCCACUUCCGAAGCGCCUGCUCAUGCAUCGUCACUUUCCCCCUCUCUACGCGCACCGUCUAUGAGGAUGUUUCGGGCAGUGCUGCUGUCGAGACAAGGACCGAUUACACCACCGUCGUGGGCCAGUCCACUGCUGUUGGAACUGUCUACGGGGAGACCAUUACGGUUACGGUCGCUAACAUUGUCACCGUCACCCAGGGCAAGACUUCCACCCACACGGUGGUUGUCGAUGGCACCACUAGCUUUGGCAAGCAGACAGUGACCGAGGACGUUCUCGCCACUGUUUACUCGACGCCCGUGGAUGAGACCACCGUCACCUACUUCACCACCAACUCGUAUGUGACUGAUGUCACUGACGAGGUCUCUGUCACCGAUCACAUCACCCUCAAGGGUAUCAAGACUGGAUACACGUGGGUUGAGAUCACUCGGACUGAGCAGCUCUUGGACAUCCAGACCAAGAUCCAUCCCGUCGGUCAUACCAUCGAGGUUGAAGCGACAUCGACCUCUCUGUUUACUUCGACCGUUGAGACUACAGUUGAUGUCACUUCCACAGCUUUGUCUACCGCCGACGAAACCGUCAAUGCCGUCCUCACGCAGACAAAGCCUGUUCUUGUGACGGAUAUCAACAAGUUCACAUACACUGCCACCAUCUUCACCGACGCCACGACCACCGUGUCUCUGGAGGCCACAUCCACAAUCGGUAUCAUCUCCACCACCAAGGCGACAACCGUCACCACCGUCAAGAACGGCCAGACAUCCACUUACACCUCCACCAUCGGCAUCGAGUCCACUGUGACCGCCCGCGCCGCUGCUACCCAGACCUGCGCAAUCCCCAUCGCUGACGGCAACAUGGACAUUCCCUACAGGAAUACCCCCUGGUAUGAAUCGGUCACUUCAGCGUAUCGCUUCUUCAAGCGCACGCUUGGCGGCGGCGACCCUCACGGCACCGUCCUGGAGACUGACAAGCUCUACAACAACCUUGAGAUCAGACUCUGGCAGGACGCCAAGACGUGCAAGGGCGUGCGCUUCAGCUGCACCUACGAGUACUACUUUGACAAGUACUACGAAGUCCAGCUCCGAGAUUCGCAGGGCAACCUCGGCACGUACGUGCCCUACUUCCGCAUGUGGUGGAACGACGACAAGAUCGACGAGGACUGGCCUGCCCGGCCCUCAGACACCGGCCGCUGGUGGACGGGCAACAUCCAGUUCACGGCCACCGGCAACACGGACACGAUCUGGAUCUACGCGGCGAGUCCCCAGUCGAAGAACGCUGGGCAAAACUUUAUGCGGUUUGACAACUUUGUCUGCAGGCCUAUCCAGUAUAAUCCUCAUCGGGAUUAG